AAGUCCAGGAAGAUGCUCGUAUCAUUAAUUCCUAAACAUAAAACUUCUUAAGCUCCAAACUACACGUUGGAGAUUUUCGAAUACCAUUCCAUGCCGGAUGUUUCGAUUGAUUGAACAGAGAUUCCGUAAUACAACGCGAAUGUUGUAUUGCCAACGCAAACAUUUAGUCGGAUUUAAUAGAAUCUUCUAUUUAUCAGCCAGAAGCUAUUUGAAACACUCCGCGAAAAUAACAAAUCUAUAUCUCGCCACCCACCCUAACUAACGAGCGAAACAUUUUGCGAGCGUCUACUUCAUUAACCACUUUGGGACGUAAUAUUGGCUGAACAUACAAUAACCCCAAUUCUUCAUUGUCUGAGUAAUUAACCGCCGAACGCGCCCGCUGGAAACCAAUGUGUUACAAGCUAAUGGAUUGGAAAAGAUCUUUCCAGCGUUAACGUCUAUACAUAAUCGUACCGCGUGUACCUAAGAUGGAUGGAGCACUUUCUUUCGGGUAAACUCUGCCUCGAGAUCACAUUUGAAAUGUAACAUUUUCUUUUACUACACUAACACAUAGGCCCUCUUUAUGUAACAAUUUCCAAGUAUAAUUACACAAACUUCAAAAGUUCUGAACCCAUGUGUAACGUGAUCUCCUCGAAUUAAGUCGCGUUCAACAGUAUUUAAAGGGACGACAUAAUUAAAACUUUUCACUUGAGCCCUGGGAGACACAUCGUAUUAUUUUUAACGACUUUCCCCAAACUUCAAGAGUUUCCAAAGUUUUUGCAGUACAGAUAAUGUUAUACUAAAGCGCUAUUAUAGCUAGUGCGCCGCUUGUAAUCAAUCUGGUGUGUUGCCGUUAUCGGAAGAUUCCGGGAUAUUGGUGAACAAAGCCAUGUGUUAGCCAACAAUAGAUGUUGACCUUGAAGGCUUUUACCGAGGAGUUUUCGCUCGAAAGGGUAGGAAAUAAUUACGUUCGAGUCAGUAACCCGGGCGUGCGUUAUUGAUGGGUUCGCGCGGGCGGCGGCGCUGAGACGCGCGGUAAGUGGGUCAGGGUGGGAAGCGGGAGCGCGCAGCCGCCGAGUCACUGCGCCCUCAGCCUUCAGCCAUGGCGGACGCGCCGCCCGAGGUCCUCGAAUUGAACGUGGGCGGCGUGCAUUACGCCACCACGCGCGACACGCUCCUCCGCGAACCCGACUCGCUUCCCGCCGCCGCGCUGCGCGAUGCAGACCACCCGCGUGACGCUCGCGGACGCAUUUUCUUCGACCGUGACGGAGUUCUCUUCCGUUAUGUGCUCGAUUAUCUCAGAGACGGUGGACUCGUGCUUCCCGAGUGCUUCAGGGAACAUAAACGUCUAGCGCGGGAAGCGAAACACUACCGCCUUGCCGGGCUGGAGAGUGCAGUUCGAGAAGCGGAUCCUCGACCUCCAAAUCGUGAGCGCGGGUGCAUCACCGUCGGCUACCGCGGCAGCUUCGCGUUCGGCCGCGACGGCCUCGCUGAUGUUAAGUUCCGCAAGUUGUCCCGUAUUCUAGUCUGUGGAAAAGUGACGCUGUGCCGUGAUGUCUUCGGUGAAACCCUGAACGAGUCCCGAGAUCCGGACCACGGUCUCGCAGAUCGGUACACAUCGCGGUUCUUCCUGAAGCACUCGUUCAUCGAGCAAGCGUUCGACAUGUUGCAAGAGAACGGUUUCAAACUGACUGCAAGUUGUGGCAGCGGCACGGCCGGCGGUGCAGCCGAGCUCAAGCCGGGUGUCGACUCGGAGGAGAAUCGUUGGAAUCACUACAACGAAUUUGUUUUCGUGCGCGAAUAAGUUCAACGUUACGUAGUAUUAAAUGUGAUAUGAAUCAGCUGAGCCGCUUCAGACCGGUGCGGCCGCUAUUACGGUGGACGGCAAUAAUAUGAAUACCUCUUUCAGGUAACGAGAUUAACGAAAAUUAUAUUUAUAAUUAUAAAUCUUUAUCUGAAACUAGUGUCUGUAUACUUUUAUCUUACUAGUUCGAUUACUGUUUACAGUCUGCGCCUUAUCAAUUGUUGACUUGUUGUGUUGUUGCAUUUAUUUAAUUACUAUGCCGAUUAAGAGACUUCAAUAUUAUUCAGACUGGUUAUUUACGUUAUUCUUAUGAUUUAGUUAAAAAUAACUAUUAUGUAGAUAUUGAGACCUUAAGAAUUGUAAUCAUGUAUCAAAUAGGUAGUGUUAAAUGUAAAAAAAUAUAAAUAGCAGUAGUUAAUUACUCCCUAUUAGGAUUAAUUUCAUGUACCUACUGUUACAUACCUAUUUCUAAUAAAUUUCCAAAUUAUUUUGUAUUGACUUUAUAGUAUUUAAAACUAUUAUUAUUACUUACUAAUGUAUUUUGAAAAUAACUGCGUGGGCCAUCAUUUUGAUACAAAUUAUGCCAAAUUAUUAUUAUAACAAGUCUGACGUUAUAUUAUUUUCUGUUUCAGUAUGUAUUAUAUUUGCAUAUUAUUAACAUUAUCUAUAUCUUUGUAUCUAUAUUAUAAUCAUAUUAUAAACAAUCUGGGUACACAGUUACCGAGUGAUGUGUUGUGAUCAAUGCAUUUUAUUCUACUACUAGUCGUUAUAGCUGUAAGACCAAAAAUCGAUUUCUGAUAAUUUCUAGUGAGUUUUAAAAACGAGCGCGUAUAAAGUGUACCUAAAUGAAUAAAUUGUAAGUAUUAUAAUAUAUUUUAACAGCUGAUCGUGUCUCGAGCAAAAUAUUGAAGACGAUAGCGUGAAACUUUUGUAUAACAAGGUAAAUACGCAAUUACGAGUUGGGAAGUAAGUAUGAAAGCUGGCGAGGGUUUGUAAUAUCGCCUCGACAAACUUUUGAUCGUUAGCAUAGGAAUUUGUUCAACAAUAUCUAUUAUCGUUAUACUUUACGAACUAUAAUUUCGUGCCGGCUUCUUAGAACCCCAGUUUUUCAUUGACUAAACGCAACGUCGAAUUUAAUAUGAUCGCAGCCAUAUCAUUAGAUUAUACCUAUAGAUAAUUUAAGCGGAACUUCCAUAGCCAUCUUCCAGCUUGAAAUAGUCGUUUUAGUGCCUUUUUCCUGUGAUGCCAAUUUCGGCACGCUUGCGGUUCUUCUAAUCUGUGGCGUGCGUAUACAGGUUGUCCUAAAGAGUAGAGUCAAGCCGAAGCCCAGUGGUGGUAGAGCAUCAC